AUGAGUUCGCUCCGAGUACAAAAGCGGCUCGCGUCGUCAAUCUUAAGUUGUGGUAAUAAAAAGAUCUGGCUCGAUCCUAACGAAGCUAAUGAAAUUGCCAACGCCAACACAAGACAAAGCGUACGUAAAUUGAUUAAAGAUGGUUUAAUUAUCAAAAAACCAGUAGCUGUACAUUCACGUUUUCGUACACGCAAAAACAAUGAAGCUCGUCGUAAAGGUCGACAUAUGGGUCAUGGUAAACGAAAAGGUACAGCCAACGCACGUAUGCCAACUAAGAUCCUUUGGAUCCGUCGUAUGCGUGUUUUACGUCGUUUAUUGAAAAAAUAUCGUGCAGCAAAAAAAAUUGAUCGUCAUUUAUAUCAUGAGCUUUACUUGAAAUGUAAAGGUAACGUAUUCAAAAACAAACGUGUAUUAAUGGAAUUCAUUCAUAAGAAGAAGGCUGAAGUACAACGUACUAAGAUGCUCUCGGAUCAAGCUGUUGCCCGUCGGGAACGUACAAAAGAAAAACGCAACCGACGUGAACAACGUAUUCGUCAAAAACAGAUUGAUUUUUUGGGCAAACAAGACGAUGAUGAUACAAAUGUAGCUGUUCAACAAGCUAUUCAACAACAAGCUCAAGCACCUGCUGCAGUACCAGCUUCACAACCACAACAACCAGCACCAAAAAAGGACAGCGGUAAAGAGAAAAAACAACAAAAGACUCAAGCACAACCUCAACAAACCCAAUCGAAAAAGAAAUAA